AACGAUAAGGAUAAGGGCCGAAGAUCCCUUAAAGACUGCCUAUGGUUGAAAAUGAAACACAGAAGCAAACAGAGCAAGAAAUAAGUAAUCCCAUCAAUCUCUCAAUUCUUCCAAUGACGAGCACCGUUAAAGUGUACGGACCACCAAAUUCCGCCGCCGUAUCAAGGGUUCUGGCCUGCCUUCUUGAGAAAGAUGUCCAGUUUCAACUCAUCCCCAUCAAUUUGGUCAGAGGCGAACAGAAAAAACCUGAUUACCUCAAACUUCAGCCAUUUGGGCAAGUACCAGUGUUUCAAGAUGAGAGCAUUACACUGUUUGAAUCCAGAGCCAUAUGUAGAUAUGUUUGUGAUAAGUAUGCAAAUCAAGGAAACAAGAGACUGUUUGGUACAAACCCAUUAGAGAAGGCGUCAAUUGAUCAAUGGUUAGAGGUAGAAGGCCAAAACUUUUAUCCACCAACCUCUGUUCUUGUGUUCCAACUAGCUUUUGUGCCGAGGAUGAAGAUCCAGCAAGACGAGAAUUUGAUCAAGCAAAAUGAAGAGAAGCUUGGGAAAGUGCUUGAUGUGUAUGAGAACAGGCUUGGUGAGAGUCGAUAUUUAGCUGGCGAUGAAUUCACAUUGGCUGACCUUUCUCACCUGCCUAUGUCACGGUACUUGGUGAAUGCAUGUGGUAGAGGGGAACUCUUCACUUCGAGGAAGAAUGUUGGGAGGUGGUGGGAUGAGAUUUCAACCCGAGAGACUUGGAAGAAGGUUAAUGAGAUGCAGAACUCACAGCCCCGACAGAAUGCUUGAAAUUUGGUUUGUUUUGUGAGUAGUGGUCUAUUUGUGAUGUGCAUUGUUAUCUCAUUUGCUUCUUAGACGGCAUUAUAAAAAUUGUAUUCGUGUACUGUUGUCAAACCCAUCUUUGCACCCUGUAUGUUAAAUAUCAUCCCUACUCUCUCCCGGUUUUUCCCCAUA